AUGGAUCAGAAGCUAAAUCAACCUUUUUACGGUACAAACAAUAAAGAGUGGAGACGGAUCGCAGCACCAACCGGAAUGGUUAAUUUGUACAAGGCACUUCAUGAAUUCGAAAACAAACACAAUUGCAAAUUUACAUUUUUACCGUCCUCCAUUGGUAGAUGCCUUAUAGAGUACACCGAAAACGCAGACCUGGAUUUGGAUCCAGUGCACUCAGUCAGUAAUAACGUCUUGGAUAUUUUGCGUUACCCCUUACGGAAUGGUCUUAUACCGGAGAAGUAUUGGUUAGAUCUUGAGUUGUUUCUAUCGUCCGUUUUCUUAAAUAAUAAUUAUUUUGAUUCCGAAUCUACACGUCGCGGUAAGACCAAGACAGUUCGAUUUAAUUUCAUAGAAGGCGAAAUCGAAGCGCUAGUCUUCGACUAUUGGAGCCGGUCCACCAUCGAUCUAAUAUGUUACAACGAAAGCAAAUCCAGACGUGAUUUUAAAUGCCUACUCCAGUAUUUGUUCCAGAGAUUAUGUUUUCUUUACAGGUUAGGGACUCGGGAAGAGGGUAUUGGGUUAUUUUUAACGAAUUUUAAAGAAUUAGCAAAGUUUGAUCUGGAUAAGGACAUCAUACCGAAGAAUUGUCUAUUAUUUCUUAAAAAUAACAUAUCGAAAGUUUGGCCGUAUAUCGAGAACAGCGACCGGAAUCUGUGGUGCGCUUUUUUUACCGAAAUGAAAGUGAACUAUAUCUUGACAGCACGUACCUUUUCAGCAAUGUUUAAAAAACUAGAUCAAAAUUUCGAAUUUAUUAUGAGCAAGGCUGCACAAGUGAGGGCGAUUCGGAGGAAUCUGCUGUCAUCCGACGUUAGUCUAUGGUACGCCUCUACUACCGUUUCCGAAGAACGUCAAACCAUUGUGAAUAAAAGUGACGUGAUCAGCAUUUUACCAGAAUUUUUCCUAUUGCUCUGGGAAGUCGACAGUGUGUUAUGCACCGCAAUUGAUAAUUUUUAUUACCAUCACAUUUUUUUGCUAUCGCGAUACGCCAUCUUACACAACGUCGACAUCUCAACCAGAGUCUUAAAGCAUACCGAGGUCCAAAAGUUUCUGGAUAACCGUCAACCGCCUAAAAUUGGGUCGAUGUCUUACGUGAAAUUACCGUUGUCAGAAAGUAUGAAAUCUAAAAUGGUUUCAUGUUUCCGGCGGUUGUACAUUCGGGACAGUGAUAAAUUCGAUGUCGAGUUCGAGAUCACUGAGUUUGAUGAGUUGUUGUACCAGUCGCUGAAUGAGUUAAUCUGCAACUGGAUGAAAAAAGCGUUGUGUCCGAUAAUUGGUCACGAUGGUCAAUUUUCGAAAGAGCGCUACGAAAGUCUGUAUCCAAGCAAGGUGAUAGCAAUGUGUGAUAGCCCUUUUUCACUUCCACAAAAUUGGUUACGUUGCCACGCAUUUGCGAGUUCGCUGUACGCACACAUGUACGGUCUGAACAAGAGAGAAAGUGUAUCAAUGAAAUGCUUUGAACUCGAUUGUAAUUUCAAACGCGAUGUCUCUGUCUACUACGACAAAAUCAUCGCUGAAUCAGACAACGUUUGA